AGGUUUGUGACGGGGGUGGGGGGAAGGCAGAAGGACCGGCAGAAGGGAGCCAGAGAGGCCGAGCUGCGCCUCAAGGAAGGAGAGGGAGAGGGGCGAGACCCACGAGACAGGGGGAUCCCACAUCCCACUCCCACCACGCCAUGUCCCUGGUGGAGACGAUCCGGCUGUGGCAAGAAGGGGUGUGUGCAGCGGACAGGAAGGAGUGGAGUGCUGCCCUGGAUGCCUUCACGGCCGUCCAGAAUCCCCCUGCCAAAAUCUGCUUUAACAUCGGCUGCAUCCACCUUGUCCUGGGGAAGCUGGUGGAGGCAGAGGAGGAGGUGCCCAUGCUGGCAGAUGGCUCCAGCUCAGAAAAACCCAGGAGCCUGGUACAGGCUCUCCCCACCCAGUGCUGCAGGGAGACACAGCCUGCAGAGCCCAGCUCACGCCACUUGGCUAAAGCAGGACAGGCAUUCACCCGGAGCAUCAGCUGUGACAAGCACCUGGCAGUGGCUUAUUUCCAGCGGGGGACCGUGUUUUACCAGAGGCAGAACCAUGGAAAGGCCAUUGAGGAUUUCAAAGAGGCGCUGGCCCAGCUGCGAGGCAACCAACUCAUUGACUACAAGAUCCUGGGGCUGCGCUACCGGCUCUUUGCCUGCGAGCAGAUUCUCUACAACAUUGCACUGGUGUAUGCCACAACAGAGAACUGGGAGAAGGCUGAGGAGCACCUGACCCUGGCAAUGAGCAUGAAGAGUGAGCCCCAGCAUAACAAGAUCGACAGGGCAAUGGAAGCCAUCCUGCUCCAUGACUUCUCUGUGCUACAGAAGCAGAAGCUCUGUGAGCUGGUGGCCAUUCCUGCAGGGAAGCUGUUCAGGCCAAAUGAGAAGCAAGUGGCUCAGCUGGAGAAGAAGGACUACCUGGGAAAGGCAAUGGUGGUGGCAUCUGUGGUGGACAAGGACAAUUUUUCAGGAUUCGCUCCCCUACAGCCACAGGCCUCUGGUCCUCCACCCAGGCCCAAGACCCCAGAAAUCCUCAGGGCCCUCAGAGGGCAACCACACCGUGUCAUGUACGAGUUCAUUCCUGAGACCGCCGAGGAGCUGCAGGUCCUGCCCGGAAACAUUGUCUUUGUCCUGAAGAAAGAGAAGGACAAUUGGGCUACAGUGAUGUUCAAUGGAAAGAAAGGGAUCGUCCCCUGCAACUUCCUUGAGCCUGUGGAGCUCCAGAAUAAGCUGCAUAUCCAGGAGGAAACACUUGUAGAAGAUGAGAUUUCUGAGUCACCCACCUUCACUGUGCUGGAGAAGCCACGGCGGCCGGCGCCAGACUACAUUCCUGCUACCGUGGCGCAGCCAAGAGACACAGCAAAGGAGGCUGAACCAACUGUCUCCAGCCCCGACAUCGUCAAGGUGCAUUACAAAUUCACAGUUGCCCUGAGAGUCGAUCGAGGCCUCUCCUACAGGGAACUCCUGGAGCUGGUUUGCAAGAAGCUGGAGCUGCAGCCUGAGCACACGGAGCUGAGGUACAAGCCUGUGGAGGGCCAGGAGCUGGUGACUCUGAGUGCAGAGAAUGUGGAGGCAGCCUGGAGCCAGAGCAAGGACAACUGCCUGACAGUCUGGUGCAGUGGCACAGAGGGAGAGGGGUUUGUACCAGACAGCAAACCAGAGGAGUCACUGCAGGAGGCAAUGCCAGGGGAGACAGGACCAACCCAUGUUGUAGCUCAGUACAGUUAUGAAGCCACGCAACCUGAAGACCUGGAGUUUCAGGCAGGAGACAUGAUCCUUGUUUUAUCCAAAGUGAAUGAAGACUGGUUCGAAGGCCAGUGCAAGGGGAGGACUGGCAUCUUCCCAUCUGCAUUCAUUCAACAGCCCAACACUGAACACCCAGAAAAGUGAUUUCGGAAGAGCUUGAAGUUGUGGAGAGAAAUUAAGAAUUCAACUGUUGCCAUUAUGUAGUCUGCAUAUUAAUCCCUGCAUCUGAAAUGAAAUUUAAAUGUUAUUGCUACUUGUAUUAAAAACUUUAUAUUUUA